AUGUUCUACCAAAUCCUCAAGAAAGUCAUCAAAAAUGAUGCCAUCGAAUCAGAUCCUCCCGAAAUUUACAACUUUCGGACGGUGGUAGUCUGUGUGGUGGCUUGCGGUGGUGCAUUGCUCUUUGGUAUGGACAUGGGAAUCAUCGGUGGUGUUCUCACCAUGGCCACUUUCAAAGACAAAUAUGAUCUCACCGGGAAGCCGACUGUCGUGUUGGCAGACCUUUCAUCCAACAUCGUCUCCGUCAUCCAGGCUGGUGCAUUCCUGGGCUGCCUGUUCUCCAUGUGGUUAGCGAAUAAGAUCGGUCGACGGAUGUCCCUCGUGACAGCUUCGCUAUUUGUGUUUAUCGGUGUUGCAUUGCAGGCCGGUGCCAGCGGCCACCUUGCAGCUAUGUAUAUCGGGCGAUUUAUCGCGGGUAUCGCUAUCGGCAUUGCUUCAACGGUGAAUCCGUUGUAUGUAUCGGAAAAUGCUCCACGUGGAAUCAGAGGAUUGCUCACUGGUUGCUACCAACUGUCAAUUGUUACUGGCCUCACGCUUGCUUUUUGGAUCAACUACGGCUCUCUCCUACACUUGAAGGGAGACAUACAGUACAUCCUCCCCUUGGCCCUCCAAGCACUGCCAGCCGUCAUUCUUUUCAUCGGAAUGCUCCUUGCCAACGAGUCGCCUCGCUUUAUUGCCCAGCAAUCUCCCGAAAAGGCCCUUCUCGUCUUGGCUAAGCUUCGAGGCCUACCGACCGAUCAUCCUUAUAUCCAACAAGAAAUGAAUGGCAUUUCUAUGCAGUUAGAAGAGGAGCGGGCUCUGGCAGCGAAUAGCUCAGGCUGGACAUUAGUCAAGGAAGCCUUCACAGUUCCAUCAAACAGGAAACGCUCGUUCCUUUGCAUCACGUUGAUGAUGUGGAGCAACUUGACUGGAACCAAUGCCAUGACAUAUUAUAGCCCCGAGAUUUUCAAGAGCGUCGGCUUGUCUUCCUCCGAAUCUGGUCUUUUUGCGACUGGCAUCUAUGGAAUUGUCAAAAUGGUUUCUUGUGCCAUCUUUAUCCUCUUUGUUGCUGAUAGUUUGGGCCGCCGAAAGAGUCUUCUUUGGACAGGUAUUGUCCAGGGAAUUGCACUAUUCUACGUAGGAUUCUAUAUCCGAUUCGACCCUCCCAAGGCGGACGCUGGCCCUACAGCCGCCGGUUACGUGGCUCUUGUUGCCAUCUACAUCUUUGCCGCAGUGUACCAGUUUGGUUGGGGGCCUGUCGUAUGGAUCUACUGCUCAGAAAUCCCGGCAGCUCGCAUGCGUGCCCUCCAGAUGGGUAUGGCUACUGCGAGCCAAUGGCUAUUCAAUUUUGUGGUAGCCAAGGGUACAUUGAGCAUGUUCGCUACUAUGGGUUCCCACGGAUUCGGAACAUACUUUUUAUAUGGGUCUUUCUGUUUCACCAUGGUUGUGUUUGCUUGGUUCUUUGUGCCAGAAACCAAAGGUCUUGCUCUCGAGGAUAUGGACGAGCUUUUUGCCUUUGGGUCAGUUAGGGGCAAGUUUGUCCCCUCACGAGUAUCUCGACUGGAGGACGAACAAAAUGCGAAAAAGGACUCCCCUGCUUUUGAACAUGUUGAUUAG